CAAAGUUUUUUUUUGGGCUAAUUGUUCACAGUUUAUAGCGGGAAAUAUACUGACCUUAAAUUUUCCAUGAACACCUUGUGACAUUAGUAAUUUAGUUAAAUGAGUUAGGAUUUAAUUGUUUAAAAUACAUUUUUAUCUUUUCGUUACGACAAAAUCCAAAAUUUUAUAAAUCCAUGACUUUUUUACCGCCAAAAUUAUAAGUUUAUGACUAGCAAUUGAGUUUUAUUAAUUCAUGUUCAGUUGGAAAAUUUCAACUAUGUUUUCGAAUCUACUCGAAUGUAAAAAGCAUAUAAAAGAACUUUUUAUUAUGUAUUUUUUCUCUAUGUGAGGUUAGAAAUAUAACUCCCGGUAAGCAUGUUUUGUUCAACAUGCAUGAUAACAAUAAUAAACUUUAAAAUAAUUAUUAUUGGUCCUCACUCACAUUGGUUCAACAAGGCUCUCCUAUAUUAAACCUGUGUCUCUCCUCAUUAUCUGGACACUUCUCAAUAAUUAUUGUCACCUAAAAACUGAGUUCUAUUCUCUUGUUGUUUAUCCAUCAUGGGAAAGGUUCCUGAGACGGAAGCGUUCGGAUUGGCCGCGAAAGACGAAUCCGGAGUUCUCUCCCCUUUCCGUUUCUCAAGAAGGGAGACGGGAGAGAAGGAUGUGAGGUUAAAAGUGUUGUUCUGUGGAAUUUGCCACACUGAUGUAUGUAUGGCCAGAAACGAGUGGGGAUUUACUACUUACCCUCUCGUCCCCGGGCAUGAGAUUGUUGGCGUGGUGACUGAAGUCGGAGCUAAAGUGAUUAAAUUCAAAGCCGGAGACAAAGUCGGAGUUGGUUAUAUGCUCAGCUCGUGCCGGUCAUGUGACAUCUGCACCGAUGACCAAGAGAACCACUGUCCAAAAAUGAUCAUGACGUCCGGAGGAAAGUACUACGAUGACACCAUGACUUAUGGUGGUUACUCUGACCACCUGGUUUGUGAAGAGGAUUACAUCAUCCGUAUUCCUGAAAAUCUCGCGUUAGACGCUGCCGCGCCGCUACUCUGCGCUGGGGUCACGGUUUAUUCACCGUUGAAGUAUCACGGACUCGACAAGCCCGGAAUCCACAUUGGUGUGGUGGGACUAGGCGGUUUAGGUCAUGUAGCAGUGAAAUUUGCCAAGGCUAUGGGUAUUAAGGUUACGGUUAUUAGUUCGUUAGAGAGUAAGAGAGACGAGGCGAUUAAUCGGCUUGGUGCGGAUCUGUUCUUAGUGAGCCGUGACCCGGAAGAGAUGAAGGAUGCAAUGGGGACUAUGGAUGGUAUUAUUGAUACAGUAUCUGCCACUCAUCCGCUUCUUCCGCUUCUUGGUUUGCUAAAAUAUAAGGGAAAAUUAAUUAUGGUUGGUGCACCCGAUAAACCACUUGACCUUCCAGCUUUACCGCUCAUCUUAGGGAAGAAGAUGCUGGUGGGAAGUAUGACAGGAGGGAUAAAAGAGUCUCAAGAGAUGGUUGAUUUUGCCGGUAAACACAACAUAACGGCAGAUAUUGAGCUUAUCUCUGCGGAUUAUGUCAACACGGCUAUGGAACGACUAGAAAAGGGGGAUGUCAGAUACCGUUUUGUGAUUGAUGUUGCCAACACUUUGAAGCCUACUCCUUAGUUAUAAAGCUUAAAAACUUAAUUAAUUUCCUGAAAACGUCUUUUUCUUGUUUAUUUUGUCGUUAUAAGUUCCGAGUUGUUUGUUGAAGAAGGCUUAGUCUGUAUCACUACUACUGUGUUUUUCAACUGAAUCAACUUGAAUAUUAUUAUGUGCUAGCUAUAUUAAUAAGAUUUUUUGGGGGAGUUAAAUUCUAA